AUGGCAGCUAAACCAGUCAAACCAACAGGCAAAGUUCAACUGAGUAACGAACAUAUGGAAGAUCUCAAGAAAAUGUUACAUCUAAUCAAACAGAAAUCUCUUUUCAAUAAUCGACAAUAUUUAUCAAAUGAACAAGAUUUUGAAUUUACUGAAACAGCCAUUCAAACAACUAAUGAUUACGAUAAACAAACGAACCGACUUAAACAUCAAGUUGAAAUUGAUUGUGUUUCAUGGAAAGUUUAUGUUAAGAAAUUAAUUCAACUUAUUGAACAAUAUUCAUUACAAUCUGAAACACAACAAAAUAAUAAACGAACAUUCAAUCAAUUUUCAUCCAUGAAAACAUCGUAUUCUAAUUCAUUCGUAUGUAGACGUAUUCGUAUAACCUUUUCAUCAAGUAGUUCUGAUUCACGAGGGAAUAUUCCAAAGUGA